AAAGAUGCUCAGGUCUCAGUGAUCCGAUCAACCACCGCCCUGUGUCUUUGUGUCCAACAUGCGUGUCUCUGUCCUCCUCCUGUGGACCAGCGGGACUCUGACUCUCUUCACCGCGGCUCUGGAGCCUCCUCGGCGGGAGGACGGAGUCCUGCAGCCCGGGCGGAGGAGACACAGAACCGGGGCAGCGAGCAACGAGAAGCCCGGUGUCCGGAGGAGAGCAGCUCUGAGCGGACCUCGUGUUUGUGGAGACCGGUGUUGUGUUGGAUGGACUCUGUCGCCUAAAACCAGGAGAUGCACCAAACCCUCGUGUUCUCCUCUCUGUCGUAACGGAGCGUCGUGUCGACUCGCCAACAUCUGUGUGUGCAGACCGGGUUUCCACGGUAACCGCUGUCAGUUCCCCACGGCAACCGUCUCCAAGCCGGGACGUCCCACGUGCCCCGAGGAAUAACAAGCCUCCUCCUCCUUCUACAGCCUCUUCUCCUCCUCCUGCAACUUCUCCUCCUCCUUCUACAGCCUCUUCUCCUCCUCCUGCA